CUCCAUUCUGGCUUCCGACUGCCUGGUCACAGAUUCAGUAGGAAGACGUCUAGAGCAGCGCCAAACUCACUCGGAGGUCACACUCGGCUCUGCACCGAUGCAGAUUUCAAUGCUCUGCCGCCAUUGGUGUAAUGGAGGGAUGUUUGGCGACGGCGGUGUCAUGACCGGGGAAGAUGAAGCUUCGGAUGCCGCUAUUUCGCUCAGCUCAUCCCGUAUAGGCGAUUGUUCAGGUGGAAGCGCUGGGAACAGCAACGCGGUCGACCUCGUUGAUUUCGCCCUCGGUCGUGGACCUCGUCUUUGGCGCUGGGUGUCGAAUACGCAGUCCAGCUGAUGCGCCUUGCAGUAGUCGCAUGGUUGCGAACCACUACAUCUGGCCUUGGUACCGGUCAAUACAAGCAUGCCUCAAUGGGGGUUUGUGGUGGGAAUCUUCACUCUUCGUUUCCGACAACACUCACAGGCCAUGGUGGCCUUCCGUCGUCCAGACACAUCGGCCGCGGCUUUUGGGUUUGCGGUCGGCAUCUUGACAUGUUCUUCGAAUAUGUGGUAUUUUUGCCAGUUCUCCUUUAUGGUUGACCAGCUUUGGCAAGGUACAUCGAGAUGACCGCUUCGCAAUUGGUUCCAUCUGUCACGUCAAACCAGACCUACAGUGUUGCUGCGCUAGGGCAUUGUGGUAACUACAAGAACCCAUCGAGUUGACAACGUAAUGAUCGCUCCCUGGAGCACGAGAAUUUCGGUCAAAGAGCUUUGAUGUAAAGCGCAAAUUGGGUGCGAGAAAGUCACAGCAUUCGCAGGGCAUGUGCGGCGACAGUGGACAAAAUGAGGCCUGGUCUGGGCGGGCGUGGGCAAGGAAUCGCAACCUAAUCUUCGGCGUUCUCUCUGCCCUAAGCAACUUGAAGCCUGGAGUCGCCCCGGUUUACAGUAGGUGGCGCCCAAGGCGUCGGGGUCAGUGUCCCGCCCGUCGACCGACUCGACCCCUCUGGCGCAGCUAGCCUAAGUAGGGCGGAGGAAAGACACUCGGAGUUGAGAAUCACGGCUUUCUGGGGCCAUCCGCUGCCACAAUCGCCCAUUUUUGAGACUUCAAAGUAUUUUCUCUGCCAUCGUGAAACCCCCCCCCCCCAAAACCCGCACGGACCGGGUCUUCUCGGUGGACGCAGGCGGAUUCCCUUCAGCGCAUAUGAAGAGGGCGCUCAGCCGCCACAACUCCGGGUUCGCACCAUUCCGCGGACCUGUCCCAGCCUUCGCAACUCGACCACAAGCUGGCCGUUCUCGCUGCCUCCCUCCAUGACCGGCAGUUCUCAUGGUCAGGGCUUGAUAAGCCUGGCGCUACCAGAUAUUCCGCUCACAUCGACCACUACCUUGACUCAACCUGCUCGGAUGUCUACGACAGCCCCUACCGUCCAUUCUGCCUUCAGCGUCCUUCCUCGCAAGACCUCCCAGACGCCACGCACAACCUCUGAUUGCCGCAGCCUCUAGGCAAUUAUUCCGGCCAUUGAUAACGCAGGUUUGGGACCCAUAUCCUGACGAACCUCGAACUCGGCAGUGCCCAUUGGCCGACUCCCAGCUAGCCUAUCUUCUUGUUAUGAACGCAUAGAUACUGUACUGUGUGCAUAACGACCAGCGUGUCGAGCAGGAUGGAUUACAAAAAUGCUGAGAUCCUCUGCGGCCAACCUCUCUGGCAACCUGAGCAGAGGUCAACUCAACACCUCAGUUGCAGCCGUGGUCCUCAGUUGCAACCUUAAAUACCUGACUCGUGAUCACACCCCCGGGUUCCUGUCUCGUCACCGCAACCAUGGCCGACGACGAAAGCGUGCAACUUGGCGGGAUCUAUUCCAACGAUGAUGCACUCCAGCUUGCCAUGUUCGGCAAAAAGCAACAGAUGAAACGUUACUUCAACGGCUGGUCUUUACUAUUCAUGUCCUUCUGCACCAGUGUGACUUGGGAGGCCCUAAGCUCGACCAUGGCGCAGGCUCUGACUGCCGGUGGAAGCUCCAGUAUGGUUUGGGGAUUCCUCGCCUCCGCGGUCGGCACGCUUCUGAUCGCAUUGUCCAUCAGCGAGUACGCCAGCAUUAUCCCCACUUCCGGCGGACAGUACGACUACGUGACGGAGAUGUCGCCACCACGGUUCAGGAGGAUAUUCUCAUGGACUGCUGGAUGGAUCACAAUAUGGGGCUGGAUUCUCUCUGGCACCUCAGGAAUCUUUGCAAACGCCAUGCAAAUCCAGGCGUACGUUAUCCUGUUCAAACCAGAUUAUGUCUACGAACGUUGGCAUACCAGCUUGAUCCUCAUCGGUCUCGCGACCGUCUUUGCGAGUGUCGGCAUUUUUGGUAUCAAGUGGCUGGCAAAGCUGCAGUACUUUGGCAUCGCCCUUCAUAUUUCGGGUUAUAUCGCUACGAUCGUAUACCUUCUGGUCAAAGUCCAUCCUAAGAACACGGCCGAUUUUGUCUUCGCCGACUUUACGAACCUGAGCGGCUGGAAAAGCGAUGGUGUGGCAUGGUCGAUUGGCUUGCUCAGCAGCGCUAUCGGCUUCGUCAACUGGGAUUCGUCGUCGCACAUGGCAGAAGAGAUGAAGCAUGCCGCUCGAGACCUACCCCGGGCCAUGUAUGGGUGUGUCCUCGUCACCGGCGUCCUGACCUUCCCCUGGGUGAUAGCCUUGAUGUUCUGCAUCACGGACCUCGACGGCGUCCUCAAUGGACCAGUGGGGCUCAUCUGCCCGUUAGUGCAGCUGAUGUAUAACGUCUCCGGUGGCGAGCUUGGAAGCACUCUCGGGAUGACCAUCUUUUUUCUUCUUCUGAGCAGCGUGGUCGCUGGGCCGAGUGUGAUCACCGCCAUCAGUCGGAUCAUCUGGUCCUUUGCCCGGGAAGGGGGAAUGCCCAAAUUCAUGGCUCGGGUGGACGAGCGACAACACGUGCCUGUCAAUGCAUUGAUCUUCACCUGGCUGUGCGUCUGCGCGCUGGCGUGCGUCUACAUUGGAAAUAGCACGGCUUUCUACGGGCUGUCUUCGGGCACGACGGCGGUCCUCAUAGUCUCGUAUUGCAUGCCCAUUUUGAUCCACGUCAUCUGGGGUCUUGAACCGAGCGGCCUCAAGCCUGGACCGUUUACGCUGGGCAAAUGGAGCAAACCGAUCAAUUACGGCGCUUUGGCGUGGUCAACAUACUUGAUCACAUUCUUGUGCUUCCCCACCACUAUGCCCACGACUGCGGCGACCAUGAAUUAUUCAUGCCUGGUGCUUGGCUUUGGCUUUGUGCUUGCCGGUGUGACCUGGUUUCUCUACGGCAAGAAGUUGUACCGCGCCAGUGCAGAUGAAGUGGACUACGAGGAGACGGAAGUGGCUCUGGCGGUGCUCCAGAACGAGGGUCAUGGGAAGCCCAAGUCGAAGGGCUUGGAUUGAGAGGGAGUCCAGGGGCCUUGGAGGCCGCCCCGUAAAUGAAUCUUCGGUGUCUCGUUUAGUGAUGGACAGGAAUACGUGUAUAUCGCAACCGCUUAAUCGAAUAUAGGCGUGCCCCAAGAGGCGUUGUUUUUGAGCUCGCUGGCCCCCUCACGUGGCACCUAUCCUCAGCUCGUCGGCAUCAUGUAAAUUGUAGCAUGUGUGAUGUCCGCGAUAAUUCAAUGCG